AUGCACACCUUCUGGUGUAUCCGACGCACCCUCAAUUUUCUUCAAAAACGUGACCCGACGGUGCCCUUUUUUCUCAACAUCUCUUUUAUAGAUCCGCACCCACCGUUAACUCCACCGGCACAUUAUUACCAGCGCUACAUCCAGCGGGAUCUCCCUUCACCGGUGGUUGGUGACUGGGCACCCGAAUUCGAGGGGGCUGAGAAGGGGUUGGAUCCAAACGCUUGGGAAAUCUGUCUCGACGACCACGAUAUGCAAUGUGCUCGUGCGGCUUAUUACGGGAUGAUCAAUUUUAUCGAUGAUCAGAUCGGCCGCUUAAUCCAGUCCAUGGGCGGACUGGCGGACUGUUUGAUCGUUUUCACCUCCGACCACGGUGAGAUGCUGGGCGACCACAACCUGUACCGCAAAACCUGGCCCUACGAAGCCUCGGCACGAGUGCCUUUUCUGAUACGGGCACCGGCGAAUGGGGCUACCCAACAGAAUCCGUCUGCCAAAGCCCCGUCGGUCUACAAGACAUCAUGCCCACUAUUUUGGACGCUGCCGGGGUUGAGAUUCCCAGUAUCUGCACUGGCAGAAGUCUACUACCCAUCAUGCAAGGGAAUACCGACCGGGUGCGGGACUAUCUGCAUGGAGAGCACUCCGGUUGUUACGAUUACAGUCAUGGUAACCACUAUGUAA